CAAUUCCAAUUUCGCACAAACAAAUGUUCAUGUUAGUCCUAAUAUCAUUCUGAGGCUGUUUUAGAACAACAAAUCGAGCAAAAACUAGGAGAAACAAACCUGCGGUACCGAGCGAGAACCUUCUAACGGCCAUAAAUAACGGUUACAGUUUUAAGGUUGGUAGUUGUUAGUUAUUAGUUAGUUAAUACUAAAAUAAUAACAUUAGUUUGUGUCCGAAAAAGAUGCCAAGUGUGGAACCAAAAAUAGUAACGUUGGAGAAGGGAAAAAAAGAGAACAUUGUUAAAAAGAGGAAAAGGUGGAAAAUGGUGAAAGAAGGGGUUUGUGCUUUGAGGCUGGGGAUAUUAACGUUGGGAGUGGGAGUGGGAGUGGUGUGGAGUUUUAUUCCGAUAUUACUCCGGCGACGGUUUGAUUAUCUCGCGCGCUCCCGUUGCUUCUCGUUUCCCUGAAUACCUUCAGUGUUCAGGGUUAUUAGGGAUUCAAGAAAAAAAAAAUGUGCAGAGUUAGCCUGUUUUUCUACUAAUUUGGUAUCCAGAGUUUAAGCGAUGAGUCCCAGCAUUUGAAAAUAUACCCCAUUGAAGCCAAUACACAAAGCCAUCGCCUUGAGAAAACCACUUUGAGGUGAUUUGGUGGAAUGCGCAUCUGAAUGAGAUUGUUAAAAAAUGGUUGUGAGCAUUGACCAACAUCAUGGAUUUAAGCCAUUUAGCCGAACACAGAGGUGCAAGCUCCAAUCCUAUGGUCACCUUGAUCCUAACAUCAUUGAACUUAGCCAAACUGGUGGUGCUCUUUCUUCUUCUUCAAACUCCUUUGGAUUAGCAUUUCAAGCGGAAAACAUUCACCGCAGUUUCUCCACUCCAUGCCUCCCCCUAACUACAAUGCUAGGAGGGGAAGACUUCACGUCUUCUUCUCAUCCAAGGGUUGAGAUUGUUGGUGGAAGUGAAGCUCCUCCAGUGCAUGCUCUAGUUGUUGAGGUUGCCAUAGCCAUGGCCUCAGGUGUUCAUCCUAUACCCCUCCCAAGUGGCCUAGGUGGUGCCUAUGUUUUCCCCAACCAAAACGGUAACAACAUUGCUGUAGCAAAGCCAGUGGAUGAAGAGCCUUUAGCCUUGAACAACCCAAAGGGCUUAGGGGGUCAAAUGCUGGGCCAACCCGGCCUAAAGAAAUCGAUUCGAAUCGGUGAAACCGGUAUCCGAGAGUUAGCUGCUUAUCUUCUUGACCAUGGAGGCCUUGCUGGUGUGCCUCCUACUGCUUUAGUCAAAUUCUCUCAUGCUGCGUUCUUUGGUGCAACGGCCACUAUUUCUCACAUGCCUAAAAUUGCGUCACUCCAACGCUUCGUUGGUCAUGAUUUUGAUGCAGGAGAAUUGGGCCCUUCUUUCUUCCAAGUUUCUUCAGUCCACCAAAUUGGGAUCCUAGACAUUAGGAUUAUGAACCUUGAUAGAAAUGCUGGGAAUAUGCUUGUGAUGAAACAUGACCACAACAAUAGUGGCUAUGUUGAUGGAGUUGCUGACCUUGUUCCCAUUGACCAUGGUUUUUGCCUACCUGAGUGGCUGGAUGAUCCAUAUUUUGAGUGGCUGCACUGGCCACAAGCCUCUAUUCCUUUCUCUGACUAUGUACUUGAAUACAUUUCCAAACUUGAUCCCUUUAGAGAUGCAGAGAUUUUGAGAACCAACCUUCCUUCGCUGAGGGAGUCCUCAAUUCGCGUUCUUAUCGCUUGCACCAUUUUCUUGAAGCAAGCUGCUGCUGCAGGCCUUUGUCUUGCUCAAAUAGGCCAAAUGAUGACUAGGGAAUUUUGUGAUGGUGAAGAGUCACCAAGUGAAUUAGAAAAUAUUUGCUUGAAGGUCAAGACUACUAGCGUCCCUCGGGGUUCCGACGAUAACGUGAAUAACCGCAAAGAUGAAACUGAAGAAUGUGAUGAAGUUGGUGGCAUUAUUUCCUUGGCUGACCUCAACCAAGGUGAAUGGGAAGCGUUUUUGGAGGGUUUUAGUGAGCUUUUGCAUGGAUUUUUUGAGGGUAAGAGGUGCAAAAGCAAAAGUUGGAACUUAAAUGGAAGUUACUGAACUUCAGGAAGAUAGGUAACCAAAGCAAGAGAUGAAUCAUUCUCGCUUGUAACUGUACAUUAACGCCAAGAUAUAUAUUCUUAGUGUAGUUUGUAUAUAUAUAUAUAUAUAUAUAUAUGAGAAGGAUGGAAUAGCGAUUGGUUAAUUAGGUGGUAAUGCCAUCCAUUCCAUUCUGCAACUUUGUUUUUUUUUUUCCUUGGAACCUUUUACCCUUCUUUGUCAAAAUAGAGUUGUAUCCUAUUUUAGUAUUUUUUUUUUUUGAAUUUUGGGGAUUCAAAUUGUAAUGGGAUGCAUUGUUUAU